AAGGAAAAGAGGGACACAGCACAGUAAACAGAGCACAGUAGAAGCCACGGUGUCCUCAGGCUCCUGGCUGCUUCCCUCUAUUGAGCAGCAGGAUUACUGGGGGCCUUUGGCCAAGGCAUGCAGGCUGCUCCUUCCCAUUGGCUGGGAAAACCUUUUAAAAGUGGUUUCUGCUGGAUCAGCAUCUAUAUGAUUUUGCUCAGUUUAAACCUUAAGCAGCUGCUGACCUGCACCCACACUCUAAACACCUCGGAGGCUCAAGCCGGAAGCUGGGUUGCGCUCAGAAAACCCCACCCUACAGGAGGGGGAGUGGGGUCUAUACAGUGGCUGGAAAUGCAUGUAUAACCCCAGAAGCAGGUGUUCCAGCAAAGACACAGCACAGGAUCUUCUGUAAUCCAGGCUGAAAGGGGGAACUCCUCUGUAGGGACGUCGUUGACCGCUGAAGGAAGAGGCACGGAGACGUGCAAGAGAUAUCAUCAGGCCUCUGAUGGGCAGAGGCUUGCCUGCCAUGGUGUGAACCCCAAAAGGCACAAGCUAAGCCAACGCAGUUCUGCAGAAGCCAAGGAGUGUUACACGGAUUGGUUUCCCCCUGGAAUCGCACAGUGACCCAGGAAGCUUUGGUCCCACAAGUGUUUGGAGAGCUCACUUGACUGCCUGCUCUGCCUCCUCUUCCUCCCCUGCUUGGUGUUGGGUUUUCCCAGGCAAAUUAGAAAAUGGGGCAGUCUGACGCAGAGGAGGGCCAGCUGCCAGCACCAGUGAAGCCCCCAGAUGGUGGUUGGGGCUGGAUGGUGCUGCUGGGCUGCUUUGUGAUUACUGGCUUCUCAUACGCCUUCCCCAAGGCUGUGAGUGUCUACUUCAAAGAACUGAUGCAGGACUUCCAUGUAGGCUACAGCGACACAGCCUGGAUCUCCUCCAUCAUGCUGGCCAUGCUAUAUGGGACAGGUCCUGUGAGUAGCAUCAUGGUGAACCAGUUUGGAUGCCGGCCAGUGAUGCUUAUUGGAGGGCUCCUGGCUUCCUCUGGGAUGAUCCUAGCCUCUUUCACCACCAAUAUUAUUGAGCUGUAUCUGACAGCUGGUGUGUUGACAGGUCUAGGUAUGGCUCUGAACUUCCAGCCCUCCUUGAUCAUGCUUGGUUCCUACUUCGACAAGCGUAGACCUCUGGCCAAUGGGCUUGCUGCAGCUGGAAGCCCCGUUUUCCUUUCUGCCCUCUCUCCUCUGGGGCAAGUCUUGCUUGAGAAAUUUGGCUGGCGAGGGGGGUUCCUCAUCAUGGGGGGGUUGCUGCUCAACUGCUGCACCUGUGGAGCUGUCAUGAGACCCCUGGAGAUGAGCAUGAAGCAGAAGAUGGAGAAGGUCCAGGACAAAUAUGAAGCCAAGGAGAUGCUGCCAAUGGGGGAAAAGACAGAGGAGGCCAUGACCACAACCAAUGAAGCCAAGUCAAAGAAAGCCAAGAAAAAGAAGCCCAAAAAAGGGAAGAAGCUGUUGGAUUUUUCUAUUUUUUCCAACAGGGGGUUUGUCAUCUACGCCAUCUCUAAGUUCAUCCUGGUCUUGGGUCUCUUCGUUCCUCCUAUCUUAUUGGUCAACUAUGCUAAGGACAUUGGAGUGCCAGACACAGAGGCUGCCUUCCUGCUCUCCAUUAUUGGCUUCAUAGACAUUUUUGCCCGACCAUCCUGUGGGGUAGUGGCUGGGUUGAAGUUUAUCCGUCCUCACAUGGCCUACUUAUUCAGCUUUGCUAUGCUCUUCAAUGGCUUAACAGAUAUCUGCAGUGCCAGGGCUAGCAACUACACAGCGCUGGUCAUUUUCUGUGUCUUCUUUGGCAUCUCCUAUGGGAUGGUGGGUGCACUGCAGUUUGAAGUGCUGAUGGCCAUAGUUGGUUCCCAGAAGUUCUCCAGUGCCAUUGGGCUGGUCCUGCUCAUCGAGGCUGUUGCUGUGCUCAUUGGGCCACCUUCAGCAGGACGCUUGGUGGAUGCCCUGAAGAACUAUGAGGUCAUCUUCUACCUGGCUGGCUCGGAGGUUGUACUCUCCUCCCUCUUCCUGGGCGUCGUGAGCUACUGCUGCCUGAAUCGGGGGAAAAAGACACCUCCACCAGCAAAGACCUCUUCCACAGGUGCUGGCAGUGACACAGAAGAGGCAGAGUCAGAUGCACAGGAAGUAGAAGACCAUGCAGAUGACAACCACCAACAAUCCCACAGCACCAACAGUGCCCUCAUUGUGGGGAGUGAUGCUGUGAACCAUUUAAGGGAGGAUCAGAGCAUGGAUGCAGUUGGGCGGCCUGAGGGUGAUGGGGAGGCAUUGAUGUCAGUCAGAUGCAGCUCCAACCAAACAGUAGAGAGAGAGAGUUUUUAGGAAUUUAAAAGCCAGGAUGGAGGAAUAUAGACAGACAGUGCUAAAGCACUGGAUUGGUCUGGUUUGCAGACAACUAUGUAAGUGGGAAGAAUAUGGGGAAAAGGAUUGGGGCGAGGAGGAAAAUGUGUGCGAGAAGGACAGGAGAGAAUCUAAGAGUUAACAAUUUUUAAUGUAUAUGCGUAGAGACAUGUUAUAUCUAGUGAUGUGUUUAACAGCAUGCUGCACAUCCACCGAUCUUUCACACAAGCUCAGAGGAGCUCUCUUGCUAUCUAAACUGACCCUGGAAAACUUAAAGUUAACUAAGGCAAUCAGUGGGCUUUAAUUUUCCCAUCUACGAUGUCCCAAUAAACCAAAAUUACUCUUUACAAUAUGAUCUCCAGCUGUUUGCUCUGUCUUCAGUGUCUCUCAUAUCU